AGCAAGGAAAUUGCUCGUUCUCAGUGACCGCGUGGAGAGUGAACAUGGCGGAGGAAGUAGGUUCUAAGAAGAAACAUAAGAAACGCAGAAGCCAAAUCCUCGGGGAAGGCGAUGUUGCAGAUAUUCAGCAUGAAAGUGACUUUCUUAUUCAACCAGAAUCAAAAGUGGCUCAGCUAGAUACGUCUCAGUGGCCUUUACUGCUCAAGAACUUUGACAAACUGAAUGUUCGGACAGCUCACUAUACUCCUAUACCCUCUGGUUCCAAUCCUUUGAAGAGAGACAUUGCUGAAUAUGUUAAGACUGGCUUUAUUAACCUUGAUAAACCAGCUAACCCUUCCUCUCAUGAGGUUGUUGCAUGGAUUCGACGUAUAUUGCGUGUAGAGAAAACUGGUCACAGUGGAACUUUGGAUCCCAAAGUGACUGGCUGUCUAAUUGUCUGCAUUGACCGCGCCACUCGACUUGUUAAGUCGCAGCAGAGUGCAGGGAAAGAAUACGUUGGGAUUGUACGACUGCACAAUGCAUUAGAGAAUGAGCUUCAGCUGUCACGGGCUCUGGAGACUUUAACAGGUGCCUUGUUCCAGCGACCUCCUCUUAUUGCAGCAGUCAAGAGGCAGCUACGUGUAAGAACCAUCUAUGAAAGUAAAUUAAUAGAGUAUGAUCCUGAACGCAGGCUUGGUAUUUUCUGGGUGAGCUGUGAAGCUGGCACAUACAUCCGUACUUUGUGUGUUCAUCUUGGAUUGUUGCUUGGUGUUGGAGGUCAGAUGCAGGAGUUGCGUAGAGUUCGAUCAGGGGUACUGGGAGAGAAGGAUAAUCUUGUCACCAUGCAUGAUGUCCUGGAUGCUCAGUGGCAGUUUGAUAAUAAUAAGGAUGAAAAUUAUCUACGCAGAGUAAUCUAUCCUUUGGAGAAACUUCUAGUGUCUCACAAGAGAUUGGUCAUGAAGGACAGUGCUGUCAAUGCCAUAUGUUAUGGAGCGAAGAUAAUGCUGCCAGGUCUACUACGGUACGAAGAUGGUAUUGAACUCAACCAGGAUAUCGUGGUGGUAACCACAAAAGGAGAAGCAAUUUGCAUUGGUACUGCUCUAAUGACCACAGCUGUGAUCUCAACAUGUGACCAUGGCAUAGUGGCAAAAAUAAAGCGCGUUAUUAUGGAAAGGGACACCUACCCACGUAAAUGGGGGCUUGGACCUAAGGCAAGUCAAAAAAAGAUGAUGAUUCAGAAAGGGCUCCUUGACAAGCAUGGUAAACCAAAUGAGAAGACACCAGUGAGCUGGAACCAGGCUUAUGUAGACUAUAGUGCUCCACAGAAAGUUUUGCCUGAGGAGGAUUUGGCAAAGAGAAAACAGAGUGACCCUGAUACAGAAACACCUGCAGAAUCUAGCAAAAAAAAGAAAAAACAUGUAGCUGAAACAGACAGCGACAGUGCAAGUCCUCCUGUAGUGAAAAAGAGAAAGAAAGAUUCCAGUGAAAAGGUUGUCCACAAGAAGAAGACGACGACGUGUGAUGAGGAAUCUAUGGAAGAAGCCACAGAGACUACCGAAAGUGUGAAAAAGAAGAAGAAAAAGAAAAAAUCAAAAGAGGAGGUUGCUGAUUAAUGGGUUUUCUCUGUGUACUUUGAGCUAUUGAAUCACAUGGAGUUGAACAUAUUUUUUAUUUUUUUUCCAUUCUGUUGCUUGUCCUGUUUUAAGGGUGGUACAGAACAUGACUGCAUGUCUUUUUUAAAAUCUCAUUGCAGCAUUGAGUAACUAAGAACAGGCACCUGAUAGCCCUGUGGGUGAAUGUCUAAUGGGGCCUGAUAUGUUUUUGUUUUUUGGGGGGGAGGGGAUGCAUUAAAGAUUUUUACCUUA